AUGAUUAUCAGCCCAAUACCACCUAUGAUUCCAACACCCACCACUAUAAAUACUCCAGCCAUAUUUUUUAAGCCCAAAGUAUUCGGAGCUUUCUCAAGUUGCUCGCAUUGUUGUACGUUACUACGAAGGAUCCAAUGAUUGUCGAGACUUUCCAUGAAGCCACCUAAUAAAUGCAAUAAAUCAAUAUGAUAUAUUGCAUAUAUCAAUAUGAUAUAACAUUCUUAUUAUUAUUAUUUUCAUUGCUAAGUUUCAAUUACUUUACAUUCUAGGUAAAUAAUUUUCUGAUUCUUACUCUCGUGGAAAUCCAAGAUAGCAAGGGUCACAGCAUCUGCCCAUAAGGAACCUUUUUGCAAGCCAAUUCCAUAACCGGAACGGCCAAAUAGUUCUCCAGCAGUUACCAAUUCGCAAUCCUGAGCAGCCUCGAAUUCUAAUCGAGAACUAUCCCAGAUAAAAGCCAUAAGUUUGCUGCAAAUAUAGUAUUGUUCUUCGAAUCGUAAAUCUAAUUUGAUAAAUUUCACGGUAAUCAAAAUUUCAUCCUCUGUCUAUAUGUUCUUACCCAAUUUUUAUAUCUCUGAUGGCUUCUUCGGCAGUGUCGUAAUUAUUUGCUUCCAUUGUACGAUACAUAUUGGAUAAUUCAACUUGUCGACGGAAAUACAUGUCCACAGCGGAACCUUUCACUGUGGCACACGUAAGGUUCUCCAUGGUGUUUCUAAGCUGUAAAUGAUGUUUUUUAGAUAAUGCAAUAUUUUUAUUAUCUAAAAUCGAUAUGGAUGUUGUAGCAAGAUAACAGUAGAGGUGAUUGAUAUAUACAUAUGCACAUAUAUGUUUGUAUAUAUUGUUCCAAAAGGCAAUACAUAUUAUAAUUACGAUCGCAUUGUUAUUAUCACAGAUUAUAAAUUUUUUUCUAAUCUGUAAUAUUUUUUUAAUUUUAAAGAAAAGAAAAAGUCUAAAGAGAUACAAACGUGAUAAAAAUAUAAUCAAUAAUUAUAACAUCUAUAUAAUAUAGAUUUUGUGAUGUUAGUAAAGAUACAAAAACUAAUAUUAGUUUUAUAGUUUAUCAAUUUUUUUCUUACUCGAGCAUCGUUGAUGCCAGUUAAUUUAGUUUUCGGCCGUUCCAACACGAGGAAUGCAGCCAAAUUGGCAGUAUAAGAAGCAACGAUGAUCAUUGCAAAGCCUGCCCACACCAUGCCCAAAACUCGAGCAGAAAAACUCCGUGGAGUACCUGUUAAAGUAGUUUCGUUUAUCCAUAAUAUUUAUAAAACUCGAUAAAAUCCUCAUUUAUUGAAGUGGAACUUUUUUAUACAUAGCUUCAUUUCCGUUCACGAGUGAUCGAUUUAAUUACACUUCAGUUGUUAAAAGAAUGUUACAUGGAGAUUGCUAUAAAUAUUUUAAAGUUCAAUGUUCACAAUCGUUAAUGUCCACGUAUUUUCUAAAGCAAUAACUUUUAUGAAAUUUAAUUUUUGCAUUGUUUGAAUCAAGUAUCUCCUUUAUUAUUUUAUGGAAAGAUAUCGAACCUUCUCCGAUUCCACUGUUGAGGAGAACUCCCCAAGCGAACCAGACGGCGCUGGACAGAUUCAAAGCGUCCUCUUCGGUACCGUCAGUGUUUGCUAGCUUGAACCUCCCGAAAGGCGAGAACCGGUCGAGGAGGUACAAAACUAGAGCCACUACGUGCACCGACACCAUCACCAGUAUCCACAGGGUGUUGCUGAACGGUUGCAGGAACGACACUAAUGUUGAUGAUCUUGAUGGCUAUAAAUACAAAAAUUCUUUUUACAAUUUUACAUCUUGGCCAAAUGGUGAUGCCCUGAUACUUAAAUGGCUUACUGAACUCGAUGAACUCGGCACGUUCCGGAUUAAUCGUCAAAGGAGCAACGAUCAUAUCUGCUCUUUCAUUCACCAGUUCUCCGAUAAGUCCUGUCCACUCUUUCUUUCCACCGACUGA